AUGAAUGUCAAGAGGUGUUGCUUCGUUGUGGGCAUCUUCUCUAUUCUCAACACCAUCCAGUUCCUCCUCUUUGAGGCAAACUCUGUUGUAAACUUUGGGUACAAAGAAGACUUAUUCAGCAUUUACAAGGAAACAUACGCGGAUCAGGAUUCCUGGUUCAUAACCAAUAUAAAGCACAUCAAAAGCUGCCUAUCCAUCAUCACCCUCAUUGUCAGUUGCGUCCUCCUUUAUUGUAUCCACAUGAAUAUCUACCUGGGGCUGCUGAUCUACAUCAUAUGGAUCAUCAUUUAUGAGGUCUUCAACUUCUCCAUGGCCCUGCUCCUCAAGGAUUCCAUCAGAAAGCUGUUUGAGGAGCUGAGUUACAUGCAUUUGCUCUUCCAAGUCUCCCGCAUGCUCCUGCACUUCUGCUGUCUGCCCUUCAUCGUCAAGCAAGCACUCAUCCUUUACAAGGAAACCAAAAUCUCAAGCAAAAUGAUCCGCCACCGGCAUUCCUCCACCAGUACGGUCAAUUUGUGGACCCCAUUCGGGCUGGCAAUGUAUCACAAGUUAAAUUGA